CACCCUCCCCGUGCGCCCCCAAUUCCCACUCCACCCCCGCGCGCCCAGACACGCCGAGAGGGAGAGGGAGAGGAAGCGACAGCCAGCAGCCGAGGCGGCCAGCGCACCGCAGGCAUGGCCACUCCCACUUCCAGUGGCGACGGCUCGCCCCCGGGCUCCUCCGAUCUCGUGCCCCCCUCCUACCCCGAGAUGAUCGUCGCCGCGAUCGCCGCGCUCGCCGAGGAGAACGGCUCCAGCCAGGCCGCCAUCGCGCGCCGCAUCGAGGCGGAGGCCCGCGGCGACCUGCCGGCCUCGCACCCCGCGCUCGUCGCCGCCCACCUCUCGCGCAUGUCCGCCGCCGGGGAGCUCGUCGCCGUCGCGGGGGGAAAGUACGCGCUGCCCCCGCCCCCACCUCCGCCGCCGGCCCCGCCGGCGCUGGAGUCACCGGCUGACGACGAAGAAGAAGAAGACGACUGCGCCGACGACGAGGAGGAGGAGGAGGAGGAGGAGCCGGAGCCUCUGCCUAUGCCGCAGCUGCCCGCCAAGCGCGGGCGCGGGAGGCCCCCGAAGCCGCGGCCCGCGGGCUUCCCGGCCGGCGUGCCCGGAGCUGCCCCCAUCGGCGCGCCUGGAGCUGCCGCGUCCCCCGCCGCAGCGCCGCGCCGGCGCGGCCGCCCGCCCAAGCCGCGGGACCCGCACGCGCCUCCCAAGAUCCCGCGCCCGCGCGGCCGGCCGCGCAAGAACCCGCUUCCAGAGGGGAUGGUCCCGCGGCCGCGCCCCGGCGCGCCGACGUCGGCCAAGGCUGCGCGCCCGCAGUUCGCCGAGGUCGGCUUCGUGUGAUGCCGAGGAGCUCUCGCCCGCCGGCUGGCCGGCCGACCGGCCCAGGGGCGGCGGCGAGCUGGCGCAAGCUAACAUUUUGCCCUUGUUCCAGCUCUUGUCUGUCUGAUGAUGUGGGUUUCGUCUCAGUUCGUGUGGUUGUUGUCUAAUCCGGGGAGCGUGUAGGGGCAGGAGUCUGAGUGGAGGCAGCUUCGGCGUCGGUGCCGGCGGCCGGCGGUGUGUCGUGUUUCGUGGUGUUUCUCUACCUUACUAUUGGGUGGGUGGUGGCCGGAGUGGUGUGGCUCCGGCGGUGUAUCCUGUGUCUCCUUGUCGCGCUCGCGCAAUGCAAUGCAGUUAGUCUGAUCGUUUCAUUUGCUA